UACGUCUUCCAAUAGACUUUGAAAUGUUUGGGCAAGAUCUAAAAAUUUGGAUUCUCUUGAAGGAUGAUGUGAUUCCCUUUUGUAAUCUGGAACCGAUUACAGGGAACAGCAUUAUCGCAUACAUUUGCCAUUCUUAUGGAAAGAUGAAGACAGAGGGAAGUCUUGGGAGGUUUAUGUUUGUGAAUCCAUUUACCGUAUCUCAAAAUCGACAAGACUCAACCGAGACAAGAGCCCGCAAACUAGCAGACAGGUUACUUCAGGCUUUAUCAAAUCAGUUGGUACUCGUUCCUUGCAACGUGGGUGGGCAUUGGAUUCUGACAAUCAUUGAUCUUGAGAAAGAUCGUGUCUCUUUGAUGGAUCCAAUUUCUCAUCGGAAUAAAGAUACCCCAUGGAAACUCGUCGUUGACACUGCGAUGAAUAUUGUGAAUGCACGCAAGGGAAAAAAAUUCAAGAAAACAGCAAGUUGGGAAGUGGUUAAGGGUCCUAUCCAGCCUGAUGCAUCUCAAUGUGGAUUUUAUGUCAUGAAGUUCAUGAAAGAGAUCAUAACACGCUGUGAACUUAAUGCCUACACGUCUCUAUCAUCGAUGUUUAAGAAUGUUAAGACAUACACCGAAGCGGAAAUCGAUGAUAUUCGUGAGGAAUGGGCAACUUUUGUGAUAAAGCAUGUGUUUGCUUGAACUUUAGGAAUGGAGCAGAUGAUAGGAAAGAUAGAAGUUCCCGGGAACUACAAUCCUUAUUUACAACAAGAAGACUACAACAUGGAUGGAUAACCGUAUAGAUCUCUUGACUUGUGGUAUAUGUGCUUUAUGAACUGAAAAUAUUAGUUUCUUCUACUCGAACUCGGAGAAUGCUGACCUUGUCGUCUUGAACUGCAUUUUGUCUGGCCUCGUUGCUUUAA